AUGGCGAGCGCACUCAGGAGUGGUUACUUUGGCUGGCCGUUAGAUCCCCCGAUCCGCAGUCCUGCCGGCUCCCCGGAGCAGCCGUGCACUGCUGCGUCCCUGCUCGCCGGGCUUGGCUGCUCCGAGUUAAGGGUUGUCUGGAGAGCACUUUGUCUCGGGCAGUCAGAAAAAGGCCUCAGCGGCCAGGUAGUCCAGAGCGGAACGAAAAAUCUAUGCUGGAAGAUCUCUCUGGAGGUGAUCUAGUGCAGCCUCCUGCUCAAAGCAGAGAACGCCCGAGUUCAAUCAGGAAACACUCCUUUACAUCUUGCUGUGAUGUUGGGACAUAAAGAAUGUGCCCACUUGCUUUUAGCCCAUAAUGCUCCAGUAAAGGUGAAAAAUGCUCAGGGAUGGAGCCCUCUUGCAGAAGCCAUCAGCUAUGGAGACAGACAAAUGAUUACAGCACUCCUAAGGAAGCUUAAACAGCAGUCCAGGGAAAGUGUUGAAGAAAAGCGACCUCGAUUAUUAAAAGCCCUGAAAGAGCUAGGUGACUUCUAUCUAGAGCUUCACUGGGAUUUUCAAAGUUGGGUGCCUUUACUUUCCCGAAUUCUGCCUUCUGAUGCAUGUAAAAUACACAAACAAGGUAUAAAUAUCAGGCUGGACACAACUCUCAUAGAUUUUACUGACAUGAAGUGCCAACGAGGGGAUUUAAGCUUCAUUUUUAAUGGUGAUGCCGCACCCUCUGAAUCUUUUGUAGUUUUAGACAAUGAACAAAAAGUUUACCAGCGAAUACAUCAUGAGGAAUCUGAGAUGGAAACAGAAGAAGAAGUUGACAUUUUGAUGAGCAGUGAUAUUUACUCAGCAACAUUAUCAACCAAAUCAAUUACCUUCACACGUGCCCAAACAGGAUGGCUUUUUCGAGAAGACAAAACAGAAAGAGUAGGAAACUUUUUGGCAGAUUUCUACUUGGUUAAUGGACUUGUAUUAGAAUCAAGGAAAAGAAGAGAACAUCUCAGUGAGGAGGAUAUUCUUCGAAAUAAAGCUAUCAUGGAGAGCCUGAGUAAAGGUGGCAACUUAAUGGAACAAAAUUUUGAGCCUGUCAGACGGCAGUCACUUACUCCGCCAUCACCCAAUACAAUUACGUGGGAAGAGUACAUAUCUGCUGAAAAUGGAAAAGCUCCUCAUCUGGGUAGAGAGCUGGUCUGCAAAGAAAGCAAGAAAACCUUUAAAGCCACAAUAGCUAUGAGCCAGGAAUUUCCCUUAGGAAUUGAAUCAUUGUUGAAUGUUUUAGAAGUAAUUGCACCCUUCAAGCACUUUAACAAACUUAGAGAAUUUGUUCAAAUGAAGCUUCCACCAGGCUUUCCUGUAAAAUUAG